AAAUAUUGUGUUUAAUAAAUUGAAAGCAUUAUUUGUUCUUAACAGGAAGUGUCACUGUUUGUCUGUGCUCUUGAACACGAAACCUUACGGGUAUCCGGAAGUAUUUUUUCGGAUAUUAAUAUGUUACUUCCAAAUAUAAGACGUGUAUACAAUUACGAUGUCGGGUUAAAAAGCCCAAUUACAGAAAACCACUUAACCACUAGGCCACGGAGACGGUUAGCGCAGUAGUUAUCUUGCUUCUCGUCAAUGCCACCCGUGUUGGAAUCCCGGCCAAGGCGCAUGGCAUAUCCGUCUCUGAAUUUGAUGAUUCAAGUUAAUGCCCCGAAGAAUGAAGUUCAGGUCGUGUUGCCUGGAUUGAGAUACGAUGACAUAGACCACACCGGUCAGCCAAAUAUGGUCAGGAUGUUUGACAUAAUGAGUCACGUCGAAACUGCGGCCUUUGGAAACAACCCAUCAUUUCUCGACUACAUCGGCAUGCGCCAGCAGAAUCUCCGAGUUUUCAUCAAAGCAUGCGUAAUGGAGAUUGACAGUCUCUUCUAUGAAACUACAACCCCUAAAGCUCCCCUAGAUUCCCGAGUCACUCUGGCCAAUGUCGGAAACAGGACGUUCACAACCCUUAAUGAGCUUUACUGCAGUGGAAAACUCAAACCUUCAAUUCGUACACGAAGUGUUUAUGCAGUGGUCAACAAAAAGACCGGCAAAAUUGAAGAAUUACCGGAAUGGUGGAAAUCUCGCUUUGUGCCUCUUCAGUCAAAACCCAACUCAAAACUAAUAGUGGACUCUGAGCAGAAGCGUGACACGAUUCACAGUAAAACCUUUAUGGUUCCUUUAAACGAUACAGAUCAUAAUGAACGUACAAGAUGCGCAUCGUACCUCAGAUAUUUCACAGAAAAUAUAAGUAUUGCCUCCAGAAAUGAGGCCUUGGAACACAUCAAGUCAUCUUUCCAUGAGUUUCACAUAAAGAAACUGGAAAUGUUGUAUUAUGGGGCAACAGGAUGGGGUGAUACGUUGACCUCAGAAACAUGGCAGACAGAUAAUCCCCUGCAGAUUAACUGCCAGGUUAGUAAAGAGGGGAUACCAAUGUGGUUUGGGAAAUUGGAGCUGCAUGAAAAAGUCUUUGGACUUCCUGAACUGGAAACAAAAUGAAGGAAUCAACCUUGGUAGAAGUUGGCUUUGUGACCUUGGCAGAAGUUUAUUUUGUGACCUUGGUAGAAGUUGGCUUUGUGACCUUGGCAGAAGUUUAUUUUGUGACCUUGGUAGAAGUUGGCUUUGUGACCUUGGUAGAAGUUGACUUUGUGACCUUGGUUGAAGUUUAUUUUGUGACCUUGACAGAAGUUUAUUUUGUGACCUUUGUAGAAGUUGGCAUAUGACCUUGGUUAAUGUUGGCUUUGUGGCAUUAAAAAAAGAUUUUUGUGACCUAGGCAAAAGUUGAUUUUAGAGGUACAAAUAAGAUAUUGAUAACUAGAAAGUGUGAGUUCAUGUUUUAGCCAUAUCAGUUAAUGAAAUCAUGGUUUCCAAUACAUAUAUAAUGAGCGUUUAUUUGUAAAAAAUAUACCUCAUAGUUAUAUAUACAUUUUUUCUUUGCUGUGAGCGAUAAUUAUUAUGGUUAUUCAUUAUUUUGAUAUUCUAGUUUUUGUUCUUUUGUCUUACCGGUAACCUGUAUUUUUGAAAACUUUAUAGAAAUUGUAAUAAGGACAAUUUUUCAACAAGAGUACCUGCAUAAAUUAUGGAAAACUAAAACUUUUUAACCGGAUUGUAAUUAUUUAAGCAACAUUUAAGAUGUUAUAAAUUAUAAAUGAAAAAAAAAAUUCUGACAGCUAAUAUGAUAUUUAAAGUGCACAUGUAUCUCUGCAGCUCUUUAAAAGCUAUGCUUUAUAUAUAUAACCUUUAGGUGUCUUUGAAUAUGAUCAAACCCUGAAUAAAAUGAAUGCAUUUUUUUUGUUUAUGUGAUCUAAGAUCUGUUAAUUGGGUUAAUAUAGUUUAGUGUCAAAGAUCAAAUGACACAAGCCCACAAACCAGAAUUUCAAGCUGGGGCUCGUAAUAAAUCCUGGUUCAAGUAAAUGUUUGUAUUUGGGCUUGUGCGUUAUAACCUUACAAAAAUAUGAACAUGUAUGUGCUUGUUUAAGAAAAUUCAUUUACUUUAGAUUAUAAGUGUCGUAACCGCUAACCAAGGGAAUCCAGGAUUUGAACUCUUGACUAUGGAUUCUUUUUUAAGGUAUUGACAGUGUUCAAAAAUGCACAAGCCCUAAAUAUUGAACAUUUAUCAUACCAAGCACUUAAUAAGUGUAAGAAUUCAGAGUUUCAGCCUUAUUUGAUAGUCUGUAAUGAUAUGAAUUAAGGUCUGAUAAGUCAUAGCUAUAUAUAUUUUUAAUUUAAUUUAGCCAUUAGUCACCAGUAAAUAUCUCCCUGACACAGUCAGGCUGCAGUCUGUGUUUUGUAUAAGAUUUAGAUCAUAUAUAAAGAUAACAAAUUAAACAUGUAUUUACCUGUAGAUCUGUUUUUUGAUGCAAUUUCGUGAAAUAUGCGUUGAUUAUCCUUGACACCUUUUAAAAGAUCUAUUCAGGCAUGUAUGUCCUUGUUCACUGUAAGAAAUAUUUUCAGUAAUUUCCCAAUGGUUGUACACAUAACGUUAUUUAGUACUGAUGCACUCAAGAUGUAUAGUUCAGUUUAGGAGUUACAAUAUCAAUAUUUUCUAUUAAGGCAUUAUGUGGUGACCUAGGAAAGGUCAGUCUUACAUAGAGUUAUGGCCCAGUCAGUAAUCUGGUUAUGAUUUUGUUUGUAAUACUACUGUACAUUUAUCAAUGCUUAUAACAUGUAAUAACGGCUUGCUUGGUGCAUGAAGUUAUUUAUCAGAUUUGAAAAAGAGUCGUAUUGAUAAUCCUUUUUAUUCUCCACAUAUAAGGGCUAUUCCAGUAAAACAUAUUACCCACGGGGGGAAGGCAAUUUUUUAAAUAGUAUAUGGGUAGGUGUCUUUUUUGCUAAUUUGGGCCCUGAAAAGGUAAUAAAUUUGCUUCCGUAGGGGGACCAGGUGGUAUAUUUUAAAAGUGGCUUUCCCCUGGGGGUUAUAUGUUUAAAUGGGAUAGCCCUAAGGGUUUUCUAUUAUGUUUCAAGUCAUGUUCACAUUUAUAUCAAUUGAGUGUAAAAAUAAUGCAGUGCUAACUACCUAGCUUUUACAUGAAUUUAAUGUAGAAUUCAUAUAUACAUGUACGUAUCAAAUUUUUUUCUCAAAGUAUAGUUUAUAAUCUUCUGAUACUCAAUGUAUUCUUUUUCGAGGUAUUUAAAUGUUAAAUUAAUAGUUUUUAUUGAUUUUUCAUUUGUUUAAACUUCCUAAUUAUUUCACGUUACCUGCUGUAAACAAUAAAAUUAUGAUGACAGUCUAUUUCCAAAUUUUGCAUUUAUUUUGUUAAAUGCAUACUAAUAACAUUUAACUAUUGGCUACUGAUCAUCUAUGUACUGAUAAGCAAUAACUUGGCAGGUCUUAUACGGUUUGGAUUGAAAAAGGUAAAGGGUUUAUUUAUUAAAACCAUCAAAAUAUGCAUAUGAAAGUGCUUGCAUGUACGUGUAAUUAUACAUUUAUAUAUUAUAGUUCUCCCAUGGCGUUCAUUCAGAAUUCGAAACUGGAAGUACGAACCAUCAAUAUUGGAAGUUUUUCACAGAAAUUUGGAAGUUUAAGUUUCCCAAAUACUAUCAUUUUUUCCCAAUUUUUUCAGCUUCUAUGUUAAAAAUCAAAUAAUUUGCAACUAUAACUUGCCAAAUUCACAGAUUUAUAUUGUACUAUAGUCAUCUUAUUUUAUUUACCUCAAGUCUGAUUGAAAUUGUGACCAUAAAAGUAAUUUAUAUAUUUUGAACUUCUAAGCAUUCAACUUUGGAAGUUUUUCUUCAAAAUUAUGGAAGUUUAUGUACUUCCAAGGAAUCAAUUUUGGAAGUUUUAAAGUAAUAUACUUCCGAACUUCCUUUACGGAAGCCCUGGUUCUCCUGAAACCUGAGGGGGGACUAUUUGAAUCACAUUCAUGAAUUAUUUUGAAUAAAUAAUUAUAUGGACA